AUGUUUUCCGCCUCCGAUCUCGCAGGGACGGCCCUGCGCAUCGUCCAACGUGCGGCCGAAGAAGGCGAUCCCGAAAGUUCCGAUGGCUCUCAGAAGGAAAUCUUCGCCGCGUGGGCGCUGUUCAUUUCCAUCAUGCUGCUCAUUAUUGCAUUCCUAACAAGCUACUUUCUCCAAGAGAGGAAGAUUGAAGCGGUCCACGAAACCGUUAUUUCCAUCUUUGCGGGUAUGACUGUCGGACUUCUCCUACUCGUGACCUCUGGCGACUCGAUUCGAAACCUAAUCAGCUUCGACUACCAAAUCUUUUUCAACCUAUUACUGCCUCCAAUUAUCCUGGCAUCGGGAUACGAACUACACCAAGCCAACUUCUUCCGAAACAUGGGCACGAUCUUGACAUUCGCUUUCGCCGGAACGUUCCUGUCGGCGGUGGUCAUUGGUCUUAUACUGUGGCUCUACGCGCUCACCGGAGUCGAGUCCAUCAGCAUGUCAUUUGUCGACGCUAUCUCAGUGGGAGCUACCUUGUCAGCCACUGACCCCGUGACCAUUUUGGCCAUCUUCAACUCGUACAAAGUCGAUCCGAAGCUCUAUACCAUUAUCUUUGGCGAGUCAAUCUUGAAUGACGCUAUUGCCAUCGUCAUCUUCGAGACGGCGCAAAAGUACAAAAAGGGUGAUGCCUCUAAGCUGGGCUUGUUAAGCUUCUUCGAGGGUAUCGGCAUCUUCUUGAUUGUCUUCUUCGGCAGCAUGUUAAUCGGCGUUCUCGUCGGUGUCAUGACAGCACUGCUUCUGAAGCUUACCUACAUCCGCCGCUACCCGAAGACAGAGAGCUGUUUGGUUGUGCUGAUUGCCUACGCCACGUACUUCUUCUCUCACGGCAUCCACAUGUCUGGUAUCGUGUCUUUGCUGUUUUGCGGUAUCACGCUGAAGCAUUACGCCUACUUCAACAUGUCAAGGCGGACGCAGCUCACCACCAAAUUCAUUUUCCAGAUCCUGGCACAGCUGUCAGAGAACUUUAUCUUCAUCUACCUCGGCCUUGCCCUGUUCACAGACAAUGCGCUGCAGUUUCGACCUCUGCUCAUCAUCAUCACCGUCGCAGCAGUCUGCGCGGCACGAUGGGUCGCUGUGUUCCCGCUGUCCCGUGCCAUCAACUGGGUCAUCCGUUACAGAGCCCAACGCAGGGGCGGAGAUGUCAGCGACGAGCUUCCGUACAACUACCAGGCCAUGCUCUUCUGGGCCGGCCUCCGCGGAGCUGUCGGAGUGGCUCUAGCAGCGCUGCUCACGGGCGAGAACUCCUACGCGCUCAAAGCCACCGUCCUGGUUGUCGUCGUGCUCACUGUCAUCAUCUUUGGCGGUACGACGGCGCGCAUGUUGGAAAUCCUCGGUAUCCGCACGGGCGUCGUCGACGAGAUUGACAGCGAUGACGAGUUCGACAUUGAGUCGUUCGGAGGUAACUACUACAAGCGCUCCGGCGGCAUCGGCUUCACCCCCGGGCGACGGAACGGCAGCAUGUCGCUAGACAACAUCGCCUCACGCAACGGCACUCGUCUGGGCGCUGGCUCGGAACGCGGUAGCUACGUUUCCGGCCACCACUCGCCGAACCCCAUCAAGCGAGGCACAAGCCUCAGCCGCAAGAAUUCUGAGGCGGAGCGGGGCGACCUGCUGGACCGCAGCGGUAACACGACAGACUCGGAUCUGGGAAGCGAUAUUGACACGUCGGAUCUCCCGCCUCCUGCUCGUCGCGAACCGCGGAGGACAAGCCCGUCGAUGCUCACCCCUGGCGCAUCGAACUCGGCAACUUCAUCCGCCAUCCUGCAAGCCGAGCCCUCACCUGCAGCGCAUCACGUCUCUGCGACAUCAGCCAUCAGGCAGCUGUUCAGCGCCGAGGAUCCUGCGGGUCUGUUCCGGCAGCUGGACGAGGACUUUAUCAAGCCCAAGCUGUUGCUCGACGGCGGCAACAACAACAAUCAUCGCGGGAACGGGUCUGGGCCUGCUUAG